GAAUGUAGAUGUCUCUGAAUAUUUCUAUAGAGGGCUCCAACAUUCACAAUAUUAUGGAGGUAUCUUAAGUAACCUAUUGCAAUUUGUUGCUAUGCUGUAAUAUAUUGCAUAGUUCUCCAACUUCAAUAAAAAAACGUCAAUUAAUCAGUUAAUUAAUAAAGGAUAUUUACACAUUAAAGAACAUUACGCAUUAGCUCAGUGAAUCGAGAAAAUGGGCAAACACGAAGUGGGAACUCCAAAGUAUAUCGCUAACAAAAUUAAGGCCAAGGGCUUGCAGAAGUUGAGAUGGUAUUGUCAAAUGUGUCAGAAGCAAUGCCGAGAUGAAAAUGGGUUUAAGUGUCAUACAAUGUCGGAAUCUCAUCAUAGACAGUUAUUGCUAUUUGCUGAUAAUGCGUCCCGUUAUAUGGAUCAAUUUUCAAGAGAGUUCUCUCAGGGUUACUUGAACUUGCUGAAAAGACAAUUUGGUACCAGACGUGUCCCAGCCAAUCGUGUUUAUCAGGAAUAUAUCUCAGACAGAGGACACAUACAUAUGAAUGCUACGAUUUGGCUUACACUGACUGCCUUUGUUAAAUGGCUCGGACGUACUGGAAAAUGUGUUGUUGAUGAAACAGAGAAAGGCUGGUAUGUAACAUAUAUCGAUAGAGAUCCAGAAACAUUAGCAGCUCAAGAAAAGAAAGCCAAGAAGCAAAAAAUGGAUAAAGAUGAUGAGGAAAGAAUGAUGGAAUUUAUAGAGAAACAAGUAGAAAAAGGCCAACAAGAAACCAGCGGACAAAGUGAAACUACUAAGGAGCCACUAACGCGUGUCGACAAUGAUACACCUCUAGUUAUUAACAUGAAGAUAAAUAAAAAACCAAAGUUGCUUCCCAUUAUAAAACAAGAAGCAGAUAAAGCUUCUAGUACUGGUGAAUUGGUUUCUAUGAUUUCAAAUAUAAAAUCUGAGAAAUUAAAUGAUGACGAAUAUACAGACAAGGAAACAAGUUCGAUAAAAUCGGAAAAACAUAUACCUAAGCGUAGCAUAGAUGACGAUUGUAGAGAAGGAUGGUUAAGGGUAGGUUUAAUAGUGAAAGUAGUCACCAAAACUCUUGGAAACAAAUACUACAAGUCUAAAGGAAUAAUUCAGUCCGUUGAAAACUCCAACUUUGUUGGAAAGGUGAAAUUGAAGUCGCCUGAAGAAGUUGAGAAUCAUAUCAUAAAGUUAGAUCAGGAAUAUUUAGAAACCGUAAUACCCGCCAUUGGAAAGCAAGUUAUAAUUCUUUGGGGCAAAUACAAGGGCAUGAAGGGUAUGGUGCACAAACUUCAUGUAGAAAGUUACAGUAUUGAUAUAAAAUUAGAGUGGAAUGAUACUAUUGUAAAGGACUUACCAUAUGAACAAAUUUGCAAAUACGAAACAUAAUUAUUUGUAUUACAGACUGAAAUGUAUGUGUUUCAUUUGCAAUUUUACUCAUCAGAUAUGUUAUUUAUUAUGAUGUCUUGGUUAGUAUACAAUGAAGCAAAACAUGUUUUCUUUCUAUUCGUAUUUUGUAGGUUUUUGCUAUUUAUACAACUAUACUAACUAUACUGUUUAAAUAUUCCAUUUUGUACAUAUAUGUAUAAUAAAAUUUAUAUAUUACUUUAGUCUGUAUUAAUUAAUACAUAAAAAUAUUUAUGUAUAGUCACUCUGAUAUCUAAGAGAGCACCUGCGUACAAAUAUAAUGUUUAAGAAAUGCUAACUUUUCAUGUACAGUUAUU